GGUCGUCGUGUUCUCCUCAGAGGCGGGUCCGGUGAGGCGAUGCAGCCGUCGGGGUCCCCGCAGCCCUACCCGCCCACCGGCGGGGACUUCACCUUCGUCUCCUCCGCCGACGCGGGAGAUCUGAGUGGAUCGAUAGCCUCUCCAGAUGUCAAGCUAAACCUCGGUGGAGACUUCAUGAAGGAAUCUACAGCAACUACAUUUCUAAGGCAAAGAGGUUACGGCUGGCUUUUGGAAGUGGAAGAUGACGAUCCCGAAGAUACCAAGCCUCUUUUGGAGGAACUGGACAUCGACCUGAAGGAUAUUUACUACAAGAUCCGAUGUGUAUUGAUGCCAAUGCCGUCACUUGGUUUCAAUAGACAAGUGGUGAGAGACAAUCCAGAUUUUUGGGGCCCUUUAGCUGUUGUCCUUUUCUUUUCAAUGAUUUCAUUAUAUGGACAAUUCAGGGUUGUUUCAUGGAUCAUAACCAUUUGGAUAUUUGGCUCUCUAACCAUCUUUUUGUUGGCCAGAGUCCUCGGUGGAGAAGUUGCAUACGGUCAAGUUCUAGGAGUCAUCGGCUAUUCGUUACUUCCUCUCAUUGUAAUUGCCCCACUGCUCUUGGUGGUUGGGUCAUUUGAAGUCGUGUCAACACUAAUAAAACUGUUUGGAGUCUUUUGGGCUGCCUACAGUGCCGCUUCACUAUUAGUAGGCGAAGAAUUCAAGUCCAAGAAGCCGCUCCUGAUAUAUCCAAUCUUUUUAUUAUAUAUUUAUUUCCUGUCCUUAUACACCGGGGUGUGAUCGCAAGGAGCUGGACAUGGGCGGAAGCAGGAAUAGUGGAUUCUUGUGCAGGUGGGUAAGUUUCAUGUUGAAAGAGGAUGGAGAGACACCGAGUGAUGAUGAAGGAGUCCCCGAUGUUCCAGUCGACAAGACGGAUUCAUGGUCCAACAGCCUACUCGUACUAUUUAAUUAAACAACCGUAGCUAUCUAGGUUUGUAUCAGAAUUCUAGGUUUUGUUUAAGAUUCUUCUGAUUUCAGUGAAUAAAAUAUGAGGGUACCAUGUUUAUGAGAUUGUGACAAUACACAGCUGAAUAUCUGUGCCAAAAGCACCAGGGCUAAGCUAUUAUAUUAAAUGGAACGUGGAAUAUGAGAAGAUCUUGUUACUAUGAGUGCAAUUUUUUUUCAUUUAAAAAGUUGACUUUUUUCACAUGGCAGAUUCUGUGAGUAUACAUGUAUGUUAUGUUUGUAUAUAUUUAUGAAACAGUCCUUAUUCGCCAUCAUCUAAAAAUGAAGAUACUUUAAAUUUGU